AUGGAAACAGUAGCCAUGGCAGAGGGGCUUUAUCAAUACGACACCCUGCCCAGAGAUGGCUGGUUUCGAAUUCUCAAACUCCUCCCUGGUCGUUUCGAUGAUCCCCUAGUUUGCGAAAUGGCCAGCACAGCUCUUGAUGCAGCCACUCCCUACAGGGCGAUUUCCUACGUGUGGGGAGACCAUGGAAAGGUUGAAUCCAUCACUUGCUCAGGCUUCCGGAGAAAAAUCACAGCGAAUUUGUUUGAGGGACUUCGGCGCAUAAGAAGCGCAGACGAUGUGGUGAUUGCCUGGGCCGAUGCAAUCUGCAUCAAUCAAACCGACAAAAAGGAAAGGUCAUCUCAAGUGAACCAGAUGGGUCAAAUAUACGACAGAGCUGCAGAAGUCGUUGUCUGGCUAGGCGACGAUGAUGACGGCGUAGCUGAGAUUGCUUUCAAUGGGCUACUUCAGGUCAACAAGUCAAUUCGAGAUGGUGCGGAUACGGCCUGGUCCUCAAUGCCGAGCGAAGGACAUUCAGUUGAAUGGAGUUCUGUUGUAUCAUCCGGGUCGACGAUGAUCCUUCGGAGCACACUACCUGCUAUACUCAUUUCGAGUGUCGCGAACGCCAUUAAGAAUCUCUUCCAGCUUGCAUGGUUCUCAAGAGUUUGGAUUUUGCAAGAAGUCGGUCUGGCUACAAUUGCCACAGCAUGCUGGGGCUCAUCACAAAUCAAAUUCCACGAGAUUGGAGAGUUCAUCCACCAUGCAAUGGUGCACGGCAACCUAAACACAGUUCUUCGUCAGGACAUCAAGGAUGUUAUAGCUGGCUCACCAUACUAUGCCCUCCACAACGUGUGGUAUACCUACGACAAGCAGAACUCUUGGGUCAGCCGAAGUCCUGUUUUGUCGUCACGCUUUAAGUGGAUGACCGAAGUUUUCAAGAUUGACAUCGUACUUGUUCUGGAAGCUCCCAGAAUGAUGAAUGCUACGGAUCCUCUGGAUCACGUAUUCGCGUUUCUGGGACAUCCAAAGGCAUUGCAGCCUGGUACGAAGGAAACUCUAAUUCAGGCAAACUACAACACCGACCUGAAAACACUUCAUCAUUCGCUGGCCUCCAAAAUUGCAGAAACAUCGCUAAAUUUUCUCGUUCAGGUUCAGAAUAUGGCCGAGGACAUCGAGCUGACAAACGAGAAGCCCUCGUGGAUUCCGCAAUGGCACAUCAACAAUCCCGGAGCGCCGACUGCUUUUUGGGAAGCUUUCGAUGCCAGCCUUGUUAAAUCAACGCCCCUAACAGGGCAGACGGUUGCGAGCGUGUCCCAAAACACACUAGUAGCCUCUGCCUUGCUGUUUGAUACAAUCGAGGCUCACACGCCAACUAUGAAGAAACCCCGGUUUGAGGACCCUCAAUACGAAUGUGCAGCUUUGAUAGAGGAAUGUUGGGACCUCGCUGCGCAAUCCCACAACGCCUACGGCGAGCUUCCUCUAUUCGCGUUUGCAGCAACCCUCAAGUGCUACCACAAAAGCAAAACAACGACCGAGUUGGAAUACCGCGAGGUGGUGAAAGACCUGACGCAGUAUUGUACGCUCAGGAGACCCGGAAUGCUGGAGAGCAAAUUAGGUACGACUGCGUCAAUGUAUAACGACAAGCAGCUAUUGGCAUCAUCUCGAACACGUAACUACGGCUUCUACUUCAAGACAUACGGGACCAACAGGAGGUUUUUUACUAGUGUUGGGGGUUACUUUGGACUUGGUCCUAGUUGCACGGAGCAAGGAGACGUCUGCGCCAUUUUGUUUGUUGCCGAUGUACCUUUUAUUCUCAGACCUACAGCAAUACGCGGGAGAUUUAGAUUAGUAGGACAGGUCUACAUGCAUGGUGCGAUGUAUGGCGAGGUGGUCAAGAAAUGGGAUGAGCGUGUGGCAGCAUACGGAAAGACUGAGGUCUGUAUUGUUUGA